GUGAGGGCACCUCAAAUUAGGAUAUUAACUGGGCAAUUAGCAUCUUAAAAUAUCAGAGCUAUUGCAUUCCCGGUUUGGCCUCUAGUUCUGGCCACCCUCACCUUAAGCUUCUCUCUCCUCCCCCAACCACCUCGCCAUGAUAUAAGUAGAGCCACCACACCGGAGGGCCAUUUCCAAGGGCGCUACACGAAGUUAGGCGGCCAAAGUGUUCGUAACCAACCCCUCCCUCUUCCCCAGUGAAACUUUCAGACUCCCGUUUUAGUAAAAGCGAGGCUAGGGGAGCUUGGCCAGGAUGAAGUUUAUGAAACUUGGCACCCGGCCGGACACCUUCUUCACCUCCGAGUCCGUGAGGUCUGUCUGCACGGAGGUGGCCACCGACCUGCAGAUCCUGGUGGAUGGCUGCGUCUAUCAUCUCCACAAGUUCCCUCUGCUCUCGAAAUGCAUGCUCCUGCAAGCGCUCUGCGCCGAUUCCGGCGCCAGCGGCGGCGGCGGCGGUGACGUCGUCGAGCUCCCGGGAUUCCCGGGCGGCGGCGAGGCGUUCGAGGCCUGCGCCAAGUUCUGCUACGGCAUCACCAUCACGGUGAGCGCGCGGAACCUCGUCCCGCUGCGGUGCGCGGCCGCGCACCUCGGCAUGUCCGAGGCCGCGGACCGGGGCAACCUCGCCGCCAAGCUCGACGCGUUCCUCGCCUCCUGCCUCCUCCGCCGCUGGAAGGACGCGCUCGGCGUGCUCAGCUCCACGCGCCACUACGCCCUGCUCUGCGAGGACCUCGGGCUCACGUCCCGCUGCGUCGACGCCGUGGCCGCCCUCAUCAUCAACCCGGACACCGCCUUGCCGGCCAAGUCGACGUCGGCGUCGCCGUGGUGGGCGCACGACAUCGCCGAGCUCGGGGUCGACCUCUUCUGGCGCAUCAUGGUGGCCGUCAAGGCGACCGGCGCCGUCCACGAGAAGACCGUCGGCGACGCGCUCAAGGCGUACGCGCGCCGGUGGCUGCCGAACGUCGCCAAGGACGGGCUCUCCGCGGACCAGCCGUUCGACGACGACGCCGGCAGUGCGGACGUGAAGCAGAUCACCACGAGGCACCGCCUCCUCCUCGAGAAGAUCGUGAGCCUGCUCCCGGCGGAGAGGGACGCCGUCUCCUGCGGCUUCCUGCUCAAGCUCCUCAAGGCGGCCAACAUCCUGAGCGCGUCCGCCGCGUCCAAGGCGGAGCUGGUGAGGCGGGUGGCGUGGCAGCUCGAGGAGGCCAGCGUCGCGGACCUGCUGGUCCCGUCGCUGUCCUGCGUCAGCGAGACGCUCUACGACGUGGACGCCGUGGCGGCCAUCCUCGACGAGUUCUCGCUGCGGUACGCCGCGGUCGCGCCGGCACCUCCGCCGCCGCUGGCCCUGUCUGGGAGCCCCGACGACAGCCCGGCGCACUCGGGCGGGCACCGGCGGUCGCGUUCGGCCGAGAGCGUGAGCUUCGACGGCACGCGACGGUCCUUGUCGGCCGCGCCCGUGUCGCAGGGCGCGCUGGCGCGGGUGGGCAAGUUGGUGGACGGGUUCCUGAUUGAGGUGGCCAAGGACCCCAACAUGCCGCUGGACAAGCUGCUCGCCAUUGCCGAGGCCGUGCCAGACAGCGCCCGGCCGGAGCACGAUGGCCUCUACAAAGUCGUCGACACAUACCUCAAGGCGCAUCCGGAGAUGAGCAAAAGCGCGAGAAAGCGGCUAUGCCGGGUGCUCAACUGCCGGAAGCUGUCGGAGAAGGCGUCCGCGCACGCGGCGCAGAACGAGCUCCUCCCGCUGCGCGUGGUCGUGCAGGUGCUCUUCUUCGAGCACGCGCGCGCCGCGGCGCUGGCGUCGGGCGAGCACGCCGCCGUCGCCGCGGCGGACCUGCCGAGCAACAUCCGGGCGCUGCUGUCCAAGGCGUCCGGGUCGUCCGAGGACGACGAGGCCGACCGCGUCGACGAGCAGCGGCUCCGCGCGCUGGCCGCCGGCGCGUCCCCGGGGGACGACUGGAGCGUGGAGGGCCUCCGCCGCGCGGCGUCCAAGAUCGCCACGCUGCGGAUGAAGCUGGCCGAGGAGGACGAGGACCACGACGCCGACGAGUUUGCCCGGAAGGCCGGGCUGGCGCGCAGCGCGUCGCUGCGGUUCAGAGCGUUCUGCGCCAUCCCCGCCGGGAAGCCGAAGCGGAUGCUCAGCAAGCUGUGGCCGCUCGGCAGGAGCGGCGUUAGCCAUUAGUAGCCAUCGUCUAGCUUCCGUGAUCUCCUGUUUUUCUGAGGGUGAUUUGUUUGUCUCUUCUAUUUAGUACUCCUACAUCUUCUUCCUCCUCUUUUCAGUUGAGUUACAGUUCCAAGGCAAAUUGUACCUUGCGUGUAGUUGUAAUUCCAAUGGUCACAAUAAAAAAAUAGAAAUUGCACAGGCUACUUGCUCC